UGUUCACAAUUAAAGGCACAUUGGGAGUCCUUAAGUUUCAAGAACAGGUAUGAAAUAAAUAAAAGAAAUCGUGAAUCUAUAGAUGGUUCAUCUCUUCACACCGGUGGAUCAAUUCCUCAUAGAGUGCAUUGGAAGAGAAUGAAGGAGGCAAAGUUAGGAAUAGAUCCAUCAUUGAGUGAAUUUUAUUUUCGUACACAUCAGAAAAAGGAUCAUAGUUGGGUGGGUCCUCAUGCAGAAUUUGCUUAUGACAAGUUUCAGCAAAGAAAAAUUGAGAUAUCAUCUCAAAAUUCAAGAGACGAUGGAGCAGAUAGUCAAUCAUCUAUGGAUCAUAUGCCAUCUGACUUAGACAUUUGGGUAGAUGUGGUUGGAAAAAAAAAGGGGAGGAUUCCUGGCCUUGGGUCCGUAGGAAGAACAUUAAUUACAUCAUCAAGAUUUUCUAGUAAUUUUGAGGAUGAUGGUGCUUUAAGAAGUCAAAUUCAAGCACUAAAUGAAUCACUGCAGAGACAAGAACAAGAAAAAUUAGAAAUGAGGCAAGAAUUGUAUAAACAACAAGAAGAUAAACUAGAAAUGAGAAGGGAAUUGACCGAGACUAGGAAACAAUUAGCAGCCCUAAUGCAACACUUAGGAUUUGUUGGUUCUUGUUCACAUUCACCAUUGUCAACUCAACAUAACAAUGAAAGUGAUGACGAAGAUGAUGAAGACAAUGGUGAUGAAUAUAGUAAUCAUAUUAAAGGGAAUUGUUGAUUAUAGGUACAAGUUAUGGUGGAUUGUAGAUACAAGUUGACUCUAGUUCAUGGUACUGGGAUAGCUCUAAAAACACUCAGGCAUGCUUUAUCCACAUUCUCUUCUGUGAGGUCAAUAUGCUUUGUAUCUGAGCAUGACUCUGUCUUCUCAAAAACUUGAGUUGUAUCAAUGUGUUGCCUGUUGAAAAAAUAUCUGAAUGUCAACUUGGUUUUAUGAUGCUACACAUUUCACUAGGUAUUGAUAAUACUAUUUCCAUCGUCACGUUUAGGUGGGAAAAGAGUAGUCAACAAACCUAAUUCUAGCUUAUAGAAGAAGUUAUUUCCUUUCUAUUUUC